CUUCCGUUACGUCACGUUUAAUGGCGACUCCGUUUGAGAGUCUGGCUUGGAAGGCAGGGUUUUAAACCGAAGUGAACCAUUAGAUCUGCUGUGUAGUAGCUUUUUUUCAAGCAAAGAUGCUUGUUACGCUAAAAACGUUACAGCAGCAAACUUUUAAAGUCGAGAUUGACCCGACAGAAACGGUCAAGAUAUUCAAGCAAAAAAUUGAAGCUGAAAAGGGUAAGGAGUUUCCGGCCCAGUGCCAGAAACUCAUCUAUGCAGGAAAAAUUCUGAAUGACGACUCCAAGAUGAGCGAGUACGAGAUUGAUGAGAAGAAAUUUGUUGUCAUCAUGGUGACAAAGCCAAAGCCCACAACUCCGAGCGAAGGAGGAUCCGCGCCAGAGGCGGGGGCAGCCGCACCGCCGGAGAAACCAGCAGAAAAACCUACCCCGGAAAAGGCGGCUUCCGAACCGAGGAAAGAAGAACCCAAAGCAGCUGCUGGCGGAACAACCGCUGCUGAAGGACAGGCUACCACGAAAGCAGCGACUGCCCCCACGUCGCCCGCCAUCGCUGCAGAAUCGGCCCUGGUCAUGGGCGCGGAGUACGAGCGGAUGGUGCAGCAGAUGAUGGAAAUGGGCUACGAACGACCGCAGGUGGAGAGGGCGCUUCGAGCCUCUUUCAACAACCCCGACCGUGCCGUGGAAUAUCUCCUCACGGGCAUCCCCCCUAGCCAGCAAGAAGCCGGAGCCGAGGAAAGUCCGAGCGUCUCACCGGCGGAGAGCCCCCUCGUUGGUGGCGGAGUGGGUGGUGUCACGGGAGUCCAGAUGCCCACUCCGGGCGAAAAUCCAUCUAGUGAAGAAGAUCCCCUUGGGUUCUUGCGGUUCCAACCACAGUUCCAGCAGAUGAGGCAGGUGAUCCAGCAAAAUCCGCAGCUCCUCAACGCUCUGCUGCAGCAAAUUGGCCAGUCAAACCCACAGCUAUUGCAGCUCAUUUCACAGAACCAGGAAGCAUUUGUAAGGAUGCUAAAUGAACCAAGCCCUCCACCUACUGGAGGAGGAGGAGGAGGGGGAGGAGGAACAGCGGGAGCCGGUGGUCAAGCUCAGACGCUGCAAGCAAACUAUGGACACAUUUCGCAGCAGGAUAAGGAAGCUAUCGAACGGCUCAAAGCCCUGGGUUUUCCAGAGUACCUGGUGGUGCAGGCAUACUUUGCUUGCGACAAGAAUGAAAACCUUGCGGCGAACUUCCUACUGUCGCAGAACUACGACGACUGACGCUGCCGGAAAGCUCCGCUCUGCCGGAGGGAGAAGACUCAAAGUCAUAGAAGUUCAUUAUUUAAUUGCAGGCAGAAUAAGAAAAGGCGAAAUUCAGGUUCCCACCGCCGACCAAGGGACAUGUUUGGCUAGGGUUUGACUGCCGUGGGUUUAACUUGGCUGGAAUAAAACUCCGCAAAGUGUUUUCAA